GAGGGGCUCCAGGAAGUGGCUCAGGGGCGGAGUGCGGCCGCAGGUUGUUGUCAUUGUCACCACAUCUGUCACCUGCUCCUUUUCUGCACUCCUCCAGCUGUCUGAUCGCCCGGGUCAGAGGAUCAGGAGACACAUUUCUCGCCGCGGGCUGAAUGGCAGUGACGGCGGCCAGGGCGGCUGCAGCGGGGGGCCCGGCGUCUUUGUCCCGGUUCAGGGGAGCGCUGGUGGCCGCGGUGCUGGGGGACUGCGUCGGCGGGGAGUUUGAAGGAGCGGAGGAGGUGCCCAUGGAGAGUGUGCUGCAGCACCUGAGCAGCCUGGACGACGAGACGAAAGGAAACGGUGUCCUGGACUACAGUGAUGAUACAGCGAUGGCAAGAUGUGUGGUUCAGUCUCUCCUCACCCGGGCUGGUUUUGAUGAGCAGGACAUGGCCCGCAGGUUUGCCAAGGAGUACAGUGCAUCACCAGGUCGUGGUUAUGGCUCUGGAGUGAUCCAGGUGUUGAAAAAACUCUCGUCCCCUCAGCUCAGUGACGUCUAUAAGCCAGCCAGGGAGCAGUUUAACGGCCGAGGCUCAUUUGGGAAUGGAGGGGCCAUGAGGGCGUCGCCCUUUUCUCUGGCGUUUCCUGAUCUGAGUGACGUCAAAAAGUUUGCCCGUCUGGGAGCCAUGCUGACGCACUCCUGCUCUUUGGGAUACAACGGUGCAAUUUUGCAGGCGCUUGCUGUGCACCUGUCCCUGCAAGGAGCAUUAGAUCUGCCCGAGAAGUUCAUCAGCACGCUCAUCACAGAGAUGGAAGAAGUCGAGGCCGACAAGGAGUCACUCAACGACGCCCGGAUCCUAAAAGAAGCAGAUAAGCCGUUCUGUGAGCGUCUUCACAGAGUCAGAGACCUGAUAAACAGGAGCAAAGUCAGCAUUGAGGAAGUCAUCUCUGAACUGGGUAACGGCAUCGCUGCGCUCCACUCCGUCCCCACUGCCAUAUUCUGCGUCCUCCACUGCCUGCAGCCGCGGGACUGCCUUCCGAAGAACUACGACGGCCUGAAGAGGACGAUAGCAUACUGCCUGGCUCUGGGAGGAGACACGGACACCAUAGCCUGCAUGGCCGGGGCGAUCGCCGGCGCCCACUACGGCAUCGAGGCCGUUCCUCAGUCCUGGAUGAGGUGUUGCGAGGGGGCGGAGGACGCAUACGUGAACGCCGAGUGGCUUCACAAGCUGUACCAUCAGUCAUCAGAAGGGGGCAGGAGCGAGAUGGGAGAGCAAAGCUGUGGAGGAUCAGGAUAUGAGUCGAAUGCAUCUAAUGGCACAGAGAAAAAGACUGGAUCAGAGUGAAGCCCCUGCUGGAUUUUGAUAGGACUCCUCUUUCACCCACACACAAAUGCAGACACACAAUAUUUUGGAGCCAGUUUUUUCAUUAAGACCAUUAAUUGUACAGUCAAAAUAUUUUCAAAUUAAGCAAAGAAAAACAAAAUGCCGCAUUCUUAUUGAGAAUGGGAGUCUUAUACAUGAUACAGUCGAGCUCCAGUCAAAGAGCAGUUUGAUCUGAAUAUGCACAAACUGUUGGUUAUAUAUUCUCUUUCCCUCCUCCUUGCCCUGUUUUGUGUUUAACAAUCAUUUGUCUUGUGAAACUUGCACUAUGAAAUGGCCCUGUCGUCUCAUAUUCUCGUUUGUCCAGGUAGGUGGUUCCCUGUAUUGUUUUACCUAUUCGGUGGGAAAAAAAACUAUU